GAACAGUGAAAGAUCAGACCUUCAGCCAGAGUCGAUCUAACAACGAUAUAAGAUUUACCCAAACCGACAGCAACAAAACCUUGGAAAAUUUGUUUGAACCUCCUAACAAUUUUUUCAAACAGGAUCGCAAAGGUCUCUGAGGAAAAAAGUACCGCCUUUACCAUUCGAAAGCUGGUUGAUAGCCACUCUACCCCAGAAAGAUUUUUUUUUUCCUGUGUUUUUAUUAUAGCCAUUUUACCGCAGAAAGAUUUUUUUUUUCCUGUGUUUUUAUUGAACAGGCGUUUGCAUAACGAAGGCCGUGCCGUAGCAAAGAGUGAAACGCUUAUAUUAUUCACGGCCAUGGGUGAUGACAAUGCGAAGAAGGAGAGUAAAGAUGACGUUUCGCCGUUCGGAAGCUUGUCUGCAGUUUCGUUUGAUGUUUUUAUGCAGCAGAAGGUUGAGGCCAAUGUUCCCGCACCAAAGCCUAAAUUCCAGCCCAAAGUUAAGAUCAGAAAUGCAGCGCAAAAGCCAUCUGCAUCUUCCAAGGUCAAAAAAGAGAAGGAGAAGGAAGAUACGAAAACUGUUGUUACACCAAAAUUGGAGGCGCCAGUCGUGGUCGUAAAACAGGAAGUGCCUGACGCAGAUGAUAUUUUUGCGGUUGCUGACGGGGACACAGUCAUGAACGAUGUGGUGAAGAAAGAAGAGACAGAAUAUGAUUUUGAAGUUAAAGAUGUGGACAUGGAGGUCAAAUUGGAGGAGGGCGCUGAGGUGAAGAUGGAGGAGGAGGUUGGAAUUAAAGAUGAGCCAAUUUCGCCUGUGCUUGGUGAUGCCGUGGAAGACAAAGUUGUGAGAGAAAUCGACGUUUAUUUGACGCCCUCUAUAGACCCUGACACCAAGCUUUAUCUGAUGCAAUAUCCCCUUCGCCCUUAUUGGCGGCCAUAUGGACUGAAAGAAAGGUGCGAGGAGGUGAGGGUAAAAUGCAAGCAGUCAAGACUCGAAGUUGAUCUGGUUCUAGAUACAGAUGAGGAAAAUUAUGACCAUGAUGCAAAGGAACAUCUGAAAAUUACAAAACAGACAUUGACUUCGUCAAAGACACCACUUUCAACUGGUCAUGCUCUUGGGAUAUUACGAGGAAACAAGCUACACUUGAGUCCUGUGCAUGCGGCUGUGCAGCUCCGAACACAUUUAGGCUAUGUGAACAAGGGAGAAGAGCAUUGCAAGAAAAUUGUUGCAGAUGAAGAAAAUGAGGAAGAACCUCAAGAGGCCAAACCAGAAUUGGUUCCUUUGAAGGUUGAGCUGAAGAAGGAAACAGAACGGCAAGAGAAAAUGAGGCUACAGUCACAUGCGUACAUAAAGCAGCUAGAUGAGGCAGAGCCUUGGAUUCCGUUGGAAGCACAUGGUAUUGAUAGUCCUGUGACAGACACAAUUCGACAGAAAAUGGUUGCAGUUGAAAAUUUUCAAAUACCAUUCAGCAUGAACCCGUAUGACUAUGUCAAUACACUCGUACCAGGGAGGACAAGUACCAGUUUAAAUGAGGCAAAAAUUAAUGAAGACAAUGGAAAUGAAGGAUUCUCAAGAAGUUUCUUGGAUACAUUACCACUGGAACAACGGUUUGAAGUGUUGCUUUCAAAGGGACGUGUUCAAGUUCUUCAGUUUGAACGCCUCAUGCGGCUUGCCCCUGCUGGUUCAACAGAGCAAGAAGUACUUGAUGUACUGCAGCAAUAUGCACUUCUUGUUCAGGGAUGCUGGGUACCAGCUAGUCCUCUUCGUUACAAUGGAGAAAUAUGCAAAGUUAGGGACUAUAUUCUUCUCUUGUUCAAUAAGAAUCGUUUAGUGCGCUAUGAGCAACUGGAAGAACUAAAAGUUCCCAAAGAAACUUUGAGAGAAGUAUUAGUAUCAUUGGCUAUUCAGAGACCUGCAACCGGUGGCUGGGAAUUUCAAGAAUCUACUGAUAGGUCCUUUAUAAAGAGCCACCAAAAUAUUGUGAAGGAACAAAAUCAGAGAUGGUCAGAGAAUGAAGACGGUAUUAGGAAUGCAGCAUUGAAUGUUGCAAUAAGAAAUAAAGAUAAGUUGAAGUCUGCAGAUGUUUCUCUACAAAAUUCAGAUAAAGGUGUAACUGGAAGCAUGGGUUCAAUGAAACCAAGCAUGAAUGGUGCACAGCAAGGUAUUAAAUCAGCAAAGGUUGCUGACUGUGGUCAAGUUGCAAGUAGGGGUGUGGGGAAUGGAGAUCUCUCUGUGAGGACAAUGGCUGAAGAAACUCGAGCAGCUCUUCCUGGAGCUUUGCGUGAAAUAUUAGCCAACCGUGUUUGCAACUUGUCACAAAUUCGUCAAUCUUUACAAAAUUUGGCUAAAGAAAAGUUGUCUGCCCAAAAAUUAAAUCCAAAGGCAGUUGCAGCUGCUGUAGCUGCUUCAAAGGGGGCAUCUGCACCUGAGCCUGAGUUAAAGAGUGUUAUUGAUCAGGUUGCUACAAAUAUUAAUAGUGUAUACUUCUUAUCUUCUUUGGGGAACAAGGAUUUAGAUCCUUUCAGGAAUGUGGUUAUUGCACUUCUUCGUACCAAGGGCCCUGGUACAGCCAUUCGUAAGGUGGACAUAAAUGAGGCAUGUAAGAUAAAACUUGGAAUUGAAGUUCCUCAACCUGUAUAUAAUAAGGUGAUGAAGGAGCUAUGUAUUUCGAAAGGUGGUGGUUGGGUGCUAAAAACAGGAGAUGGAAGACCAGAAUAGUACUCUGCUCAGUUUUCUUCCUUGGGAUAAGUUGGUGAGAGAUGUAGUUCCAUCGACCGGAAAGAAGCGCAUGGACUACACCAAACCCCUUGAUUAUUCUGUAACUGUAAGAAAUCAAUUCAUGUGGUAUAUUGUUCAGAUUGAAUUCAGUUACAGUGCGAUAAAGUGUCAAUUUUGUCUACAAUUGUAACAUAUAACAAACAUUAAUAGAUCCCAUUACAAGGGUUAACGCUUACUAGAAAUUCAUUAGAAGAGGUCAUAGUUGAUUAUUUGUGUAGAAUUAACUGACAGCCAUAAUUUAUCUGGGAAAUCUAUAUCAUUCAGGAUGAAGAUUUGUGCAGCAGAAAUGAAAUUCUAGCAUGAAUUCUUUUCUUAUGUUUAUAGCAACAUGAAUAUAUUCAGUGAUUAAUCUUUUGGCAGUUCA